AUGAAAUUCAAUGGAAGUGAUAUUAUGAAGACAAGUAAUAUUGAUCAGAGAGAAGAUGAGUAUUGUGUCAGACUAAGAUCAAUUGGUGCUUAUCAAAAUGAACCUAGUACCAAAAAACAUGAUCCUAUGUGCAAAAGCAGCAACAAGGAAAAGUCUGUUGCUGCCGUACUUUCCCAUUCAUCGGAGAAGGAACACCAUAUUGAUAAUCAGUUGGGUAAAGAGAGAAGUUUUAGUGAUAAAGAGUCGAUGUGGUUGUCUUCAGAUUGUUCAUCACCUUCUGCAUUUUUCAGGGAGUAUAGAUGGUCUGGUUCCUUUCAUCUCUCACUUGAUGAACACAAGAAUGUACACACAGAUUUGAUGGAUGAAAAAGUAGCGAGUCGACUACUUAGUUCAGCUAUGAAUGAUGCAAAACCAAGAGAGUCGUUGUGUGAUGACUCAACAAGUUGUGGAAACUCUUCAGCUCCUCUUAGCAGCACACCUAGUUCCUCUCAGAUUUUAGAUUUGGAGAGAAUAGGUUAUCAAGUAUCUUUGUUGAAUCUUGAUGGGGAUGAUUACAAAUGGAUUCCAGAUACAGAAGUUGAGUCAUAUUGUCUUCAAUAUGCUUUUCACUCUCCAUCAUACAAGACUAGGUCGGAUCACGAGGCUGAGUUCACUAAUUCUUGUAUUUCUACAGCGACUGAAGCACAAAAUGAAAAACCAGGAUAUUGUUUUCCAUCAGAUCAAGCUUCAAAAGCUGUAGAGGUUGAAGAGUUGAACACAAAUGAACCUCUUUUUUGGCCAUUUGCUCAAAAAAUUGAUUGGAGUGCCGAAGCAACUUGGAACUGUUUUUCCAUGUCACCGCGGAAGAGCAUAGCAACUAUUGGAACUCCACUUGAUUCAAUUAUAUUAAGGCGUUAUAGGGGCAGCAUGGAUCUCAAACAAGAGCGUAGGAGAAAACUAGUGUUUAGCUUAGGAUCAACAACAUCAAAGAUACCAGAUAUGAAGCAAAGCUACACCAAGGGUAUCAAGGAUAUCCGAGAGAUCUGUAAUGCCCCUUCGAGGUUGAGCAGGGUAACCAAAAGGACUGAAAAAGACAAUAUUUUAGAACAUCAAAAUAAAGAAGUAACUAUAAAAAAACCAGUUGUUAUGGCUGAAGAUAUCAUGGAAGAAGAUUUUGAAUCAAAACAACAUGGGAUUGAGAUGUUCUUGGGCCUUGAUGAGUUUGAUGGUCACGAGGGAAUUGAUUUAACAUUUAACAAAGAUGAUUUCUCACUGAACAUAUCUUUCUGUUAG